CAGUAAGAUAUUUAUUACAACAUUAUAAAGAAAUAUAAAGAAAUGUGUGACAAUCCUGUGUCACACACACACACGCACAUGCGCACACACACACACACACACAUACACACACACACCUUCCCCCUCUGGUACAUGAAAAGGGAAAUCAUAUGCAGCCAAUGUUCAAAAGCAAUGAAUCCUGUUCCCCACCCACCACAGGAAGCCUCUCUUCUAAGGCACCUUCACUCUGUGGUUGUGCACAACUCCCAAGGCAGCUGAGUCCAAAGCCAUACAUUGUCCACUGUAAGUCAAAAAGUCCACCCCCUUGGACAUUUGUAUUUUGUUUUGGAUUGAGAUUGCAUACAUACCUACCAUGUGGUGUGUUUAGAAGGCUUUUCUGGCACGCUUACUCCUCCACAACAACCUGAGAACAAUUAUAAGCUCAUAACCCCUUAUCUAUAGUUCCAAAAUAAAAAAAUCUCUGAAGAAACAAUAGUUUGUUCAUAACUUUGACCCAAAAUCUGGCCUGACCCGUCACGAUCAUAUUUAUAAUAUUUAUCUCACUUAGUGUGAAUAUUCAUAUAUUUAGCUACAGAAACAUUGAUAGAUUUGAUUACAGUAGGGCACUGCCCUGAAUCUCACUGGGGUAUUCCUUUACGUAUCAUAAAGGCACUAUAUUCCCUUUCUAAAAUCUGAAUCAUCCUGAAUUCCAAAACAUACCCAUCCCAAAAGAUUUCAAAUAAGGGACUAGGGACCUGUAGGAUUAUCCCUGUAGCCCAAGAGAAGUGAAGAGACCUGUUAGGACUCUUUGUCACUCUAAAGUCUUUGCUACCAACACCAUGCUAUACUACCCUAGAAGUUCUUGCAGAAAGCAGCACUGUUCUCUGGUAACAGCCCCCACCUGUUUGUUCCCCUCAUGCUCUCCAUUCUGGUCACUCCUUAAAUACGCUGAUGAGUUGUGCCCCUUUCCCAAGGGAGACCACAGAAGGUGCUACAGUGGUGGAAAAACCUAUGAACAGGAUAUGGCCCAAACAGCCCAGUCCUUGGGCUCAUCAACUCCACCCAGAACUCAGCUGUCAUCUCUUUUCCUUCAACUAUUUUCAGUCUCAGAUUCUAUGUGCCAAAAGGAAAGACAGAUUUACUUAGGGUAGGGAAAUAAGGGAUUAGGGAGUCUGGAGAAUCAUGGUAAUCAGACAGCAAGAGAGAGAAGACAGAGGUGUAGGACUCUGGCCAAGGAGUUGAAAUGUAUCCAAUUUCCCCUCUGAGCCCCCGCUAUGAACAAAAAUCUGAAAAGAGAGCCUCAUCUGAUUUCACCAACAGCACAUCAUCCCUGCACCUGCUUCAUCCACCUGCUUCUCAAUCUGGAUCCCCCCUCAGGAGACAGAUGUGUAUUACUUCCUGCCUCUGUCUCCCAGCAGCUCUCUGUCUCUGUCCCUCUGCAUCUGUCUCCUUGCACUGAUGGCCAGCCUUCCCCCAAGCAUCUUGUCCUUGUCUGCUCUCUACCUCUGUCCACCUCACUCAGAAUUCCUUUCUAAGAGAAAAGAGGUGCCAACUAUACUUUACGAGGUGACCUCUCCUCAUCAGCCAUAACUAAAAAUGUGCCAAAGGGGCAUCAGAAGGAAGAGACUUGGUUUCACGUAACAAGAAACUUGGGAUUUCUGGUUUGGUCUACUGCACCUCUUCUCCCAUCCUACCCGUUUCCUUUUCUCCACGCCACAUUGUACUUAGACCUGCACACAGCUCUCCCAACACUCUCAGGUGAGCAGAAGGAACAUGUUGAUCUCUCCCUUCACCAAAAGAGAACUACUGGUUAAUGGUUAAAGCUGGAGUCAGGCAGGUGUAGAUCUGAAUCUCAGAUUCUCCAAUAACUCACUGUAUGCCUUGCACUAAAUUUAUUUAACCUCUCUGAGCCUAUUAAUUCACCCAUAAAAUGGAAAUGACGCUAUCUACUUCAAGGAUUACUAAAAGGAUUCACUAAGAUAAUUCAUUUGAAGUGUCUGGAAUAGUCUCUAACACAAUUUUAACAAAGAUUUGAAUACUAAUUAUUCUCCUGGACCAUGGCGCAUGCUCAGUCAAAACUUUGCUCAAAAACCUGAUAUCCUAGCUCUGUCUAGGGUAGACAGAAGGUCGGAAGCUAGACUGACCCUCUCCUGUGGCCAGUCACUGCUCCUCUAGGAAACUUUUCCUGGCAACACUCUCUCCCACCACGGUAGGACCCUUCCCAGUGCCCCACACUCAUAUCUCCUCAGCCAGCUCAGACAGUGGCCAACUUUGUGGGGUAACCCUACAUGCUGGGGAGGGAUAGGGGAGGAUGCACCCCACAUGCCAGGGGUCUUCGCAGGCACAGAGGAGUGGAGUGGGAAAGUAGCUACUAGAAAGACUCUCUAGAGCGGUUCUUCUCCAGGGGGAAAAAAACCACUCUUCUUCAGCAAAACACCAGGUUGAGAUUUUGGGGCAGAGACACAAGUGAAAACCAAAGAUUAGGGCCAUAAAGAGCAUCCACCAGAUAUAAAGCAGCCUAGGAAAGGGAACAGAGGAUGAAGAAAAUUUUUCUUAAGUUUACCUGGGAAAUUCUGGCUUCCUGAAAAUUCUCUCCAGUUACUAAGGCAACACAACCCCAAUUCAAUUCUUAUCCUCCACUCUGUCACUGCUCAGCUUGGCACCCUCCUACACACAUCUGGUUUUUAUUGCAAUUGUAACCCACUCAUUAAUAAUGGGUUUCAACCUAGGCUGCACAUUAGAAUUGCCUGGGAGCUUUUAGAAUUCCUGAUGCCCAGGCAUAUUCCUGACCAAUUAAAUCAAAAUCCUUGGGCAUAGGAUCCAGGUACUAGUAAUUUCUAAAGCUUUCGGUUAGUUCCAAAGUACAGCCAAGGUUCAGAACCACUGCUUUGUUCUCAGUUUAAGUCCUGAUCUGUGCUUCUCCCAUGUCUUUCAAGACCCCAGUCCAACCUCACAAAGAAGUCAUUUGCAACUGACAACAGAGCAUUGCAAAUUGCUUUAAGGAGGAAAGACUUGAUCCUGUUUCCUUAAAGAAUUCGGACCAAGAACUAUACACACACACAUAAACACAUCCUAAUGGAUACCUGAAUCUUCCUCCCCAACUAAAGCAGGAGAAUGAAUGGGCUGACUAAAAAGUAUGCACUCAGGUUGUGGGUACAGUGAGGUUAUGAAAGUGAUUGCCCUCUCCCCACCCAAGGCCCCAACACCCAGCAGGACCUCUAUGACCUCAUGCUGCAGUAGGUCAGAGUCUGGCACCUGGGGUCUCACCUCCCUGGGCAGCUUGGGGUUCCUGCAGCAGCCACUGCCCUACCUAACCCCUCCCACACCCCAUCAUGUUGGUUGGUACCCCCCACCUGCUGACACUGGAUGAAGCUGAUGCCACCUGGACUCUCAUCAAAGAUAAGGUUAUCGAGGAGCGCUUUGGGCCCAAUGUAGUGGCAGUACCUUUUCUGUCUGAUGCAGCGUGCUAUGACCUACUGGGUGUUUUAGUGAAACAGUCCCGCCCAGCCCACAGCCGCCUGGCUCUGCCAGGUCGGCAGGGCCGGCGGGCACUACAACCAGUGGGGCUGCUACCAAACCUCCUGGAACAGGCAGGUUCUGAGGGUACCUUCGCCCACUGCACUCGAGAAUACUCACCAAACAGCCGAGCAGAGAUAACCUAUGAAGAAACGCGACUGCUGGAUGGGCAGCCCUGCCGUAUCCGCUUACACAUGGGGGGUCUACGCAAGAAGAUGGCCUUCCUGCUGCUGCCACCAGGGCAAGUGAGCCUACAGCAGUCUCUUCCCUGGCUCCGAAGCACCCACAGCAUCUACAUCAUCUACCAGGUCUUCUCCUGUUCCUGGCUACAGCUGGGGCUGCUGCCGACAGCCCAUGAGCCCCAGCUGCUCCGGUUACAACGGUCACUGCCUAUUGCCUUCUCUUGCCUCAAGUUUUCACUGCAACCCAAGGGAGUGCUGGGACCACAGAAGCCCCUGAUCAAAGACCCACUGCCCCAAGGGGCCAGCUGGGCCAGACCCAACCUCAGCAUCAUGCCACCUCCAGCCCCUACAUCAGCCUCUGAGGAUAUCCCUGAAGCUGCUGAUGUGCCCCCACCUGUCCCAGCCCCACCUACGCCACCUCCCCAGGAAGGGCCAGAGGGCAGACCAACCAGAUUCUCCUACAAGGGCCGAAACCCCUUCCGAAGGGGGCCCCAGAUGCUGUCAGAGAACUGGCUCUUCAGCCCCCGCAGCCCCCCACCAGGAGCCCAGGGUGGGGGCCCCGGGGACCCCGACCGGCACUCCAUGUCCCUGCCCCUGCUGCAGGGCCUAUCCUCGGAGUUCGACAGCGACGAAUGAAGCUGAGGCGAAAGAUGCGGGGGGCGAGGCCCCCAAGAUCUGACAUAGGGGUACUGGUCCCCAAUAAACAUCAACUGCUGCUCCCCCAAA